GUUGAGUCAUCUGAUCUGAACUUUAUAAAUAUUUUAUUUUAAGUCACAGAAGAGGCCCUUUAACCAAAGGUUAACAAACUAUAAAUCUAUGUCGCCUAAUAAAGGUACCAAAUACGGUGUAAUGAACUUUAAUGUUGUGAAAAUAUGGUGGUAAUGAAGUAUUAAUCUACCCUUAAGUUAGAUUGUUAUUAUUAUUGUAGUUACCCUAAUUCUUUUAGUAAUAAAAACUAGUAAAAACUAAUUACCUAAAAUAAUAAAGGCGAAUGAAUAGUAUAGUAAAAAUAGCCUAACACUGAACGAUUUUUAAUAUUAAAUUAAUUACUAUUACUAUUAUUAUUUUAGUAUUACUAAUUAUAAUUAUUAUUACUACAUCAAUUUUCUAUUAUUUCUAUACUUAACACUAUAAACUGUACUGUACUGAAUUAUUAUUAAAUUAUUAUAUUAUUACUAUUGACAAUACUAUUGACUAUACUAUAUAUGUCUAUUGAUAUUGAACAGUUUAUUAUAUCAAUGAAAAUGAGUAAGAACUAUGAUUCGUAUAAAUUAUGAUUUGUAUAAAUUUAUUAAAUUAUAAUUUAAAAAGUCUGAAUCUCCCCGCCUAAGUUAACUAAAUAACUUAGGUAGGGGUAUACGGUAUAGCGGAUAGCCCAGGCCAGUGGUCGGCAAACUCAUUACAAAAGAGCCAAAAAUCUGCAGCAGGAUGAUUAAAAAUUUUUGAGAGCAAGAUUUCUUUUCAAGAACCUGUGACUGUCAAGAACCAUGUUUUUCUGAGUCAAAACCGAUUUUUGGCCGACUGGCCAAGCCGCACUCAGGUCACUAAAGAGCCACAUGCGGCUUGCGAGCCGCAGUUUGCCCACCAUUGGCCUAGGCUGCCCCGGCCUAAGAUGAUUUACUAAAUUAUACUUAGUCUCAGUAUUUAAAGUAAUAGGCAAUAAAUUUCUUUUUGUUGUUAAUUACAAAGUAGACCUUCGGAUAUUUCAAUCAAUAAUAGAUACCGGGAUAGAAAUUUUUAAAAUUAAAUGAAUUAUCAUUUAUUAAAUUAAUAUUUAGUUAAUUUAGGCUUAUUCAAUUUGUUUAUUUUAAAUCUACAAUCACAAUGGGCCUGCACGAUAAUUAUGUUAAUGAAAAUAUAGGUAAAUUUGGAUUAAACAGUACUUGGUAACCGGAGAAACAUCUGUCACUGUCCUAAGCUAAGAGUACUAAGACUACCAUAAAUAUUAUUGCUACACAAUAUUAUCUUUUCAUGCUUUAUGCCAUGGAAUACAUGAAUGAAUAAAUACAUGAAUGAAUAAACAGUUAAAGUAGGCCUAUGAGCUAACCUAUGAAUUUAGAAAUUAAAGUUUUAAAUUGGAAGACUUUAUUUUUGUAUUUUAAAAAAAAAGAAAUGAAAAAGUCCCAAAAGAAAUGUUAAGCAUUAAAUAUAUCCCUCUGCCUUCAAAUUUUCAUUAUAUCCCUCUGCCUUCAAAUUUUCAUAAGCAUUAGAAAUAUUGUUGAUAAUUAGCCAUCAAAUCAUCACAUAAUUUGUUAGUAUUUUACCUGUAUUAAAUAUAAUUAAAUUUAUUGUUUGCAGACUGCUUUUGCUGUAAGCUUGUAGUACAACUGAAAGUCAGCGCCUCAUCACCUUUUUUUUCUUUCUGAAAAUUUGAGUGAUUCUUCUGAAAUAUGUAGAACAUCCACUUAAAGUACACUCUUACGGAAAAGGGAUGAUGACUUUUUUCAUUUUAGAUUCCACCUCAUAAAUUGUGUCUUCUGUGAGAUAUUGUGUAUGUGCAAUUUUUAAAAAUGAGUUUUGAAGUGGAAGAAAUUCAAGUGAUUGAGCUUAAGAUGAUGGACAAACGGAAAUAUUUCCCAUUAACCCUUGCCAGUGGGCUGACCAUUCGAAGUAUGUUAUAUCCAUUCAUGCUCAUCAAGACAAGAUUACAGAUACAGAAGGGGAAAUCAGUUUACAAAGGAACAUUUGAUGCAUUUUUGAAAAUUUCUGUAAAUGAAGGAAGAUCUGGACUCUACAGAGGGUUCUGGGUAUGUCAUCCAGUUGUCCCUGUCAAAAUUAUGUAGAUAUAAUAAUAAUAAAAAUAAUAAGAGGUCUUAUAUAGCGCGGUACCCCAGCCUAGGGCUGGGCUCACCGUGCUGUACAUAAAAAUUUUAUCAAAAGAGACAUAAUCAUGACAAUAAAAUAAAAUACAUUUAUGAAAUAAAGAACAGCAAUGUAUAUUCACCCACCCUACCACAUAACUUUUACAAGGCAAACCAUUGACGGCUACCAGCAAGAUCGUUUUUCGGUCAGAGGAGGGGAAUCAGUCAUGGUAGUAUUAUUUAAAAAUAUAUGUUUUGAGUACAUAUGACAAUACACCUAAGUACAUUACGGUAGUGGCAUGAAAUUUGAUUAAUAUUUAUAUAAAUAAACUUGCAAGGCUUCUUUAUUAUUCAGAAUAGUUGGCUCAUUAUUUAUCAUUUUCAAAUAACUCAAUCUAAAAUUUAUUUAUUACCCAUAUGAGUUUUCAAAGUCUUUAAAUUGCUGGUUUUCAAAUAUUUUGCAUUUAUGUCCUGCAUUUAGUGGUAGAGCUUGAUUUUGUUUGUUAAUUAUGGGUUUUAAAUCAAACUACUAAAUUCACUGAAUGAAGAUAGCAACUUACACUAUGUUCUCCGUAUAAAAUCAUCUUUGUUAUUGUUUUUGAAUUUUCUUCAUUUUUUAAAAAACAUUUUUUACCAGGUGUCGUGUUUGCAACUAUUUCCAUCCAUGGCCUACAUCUCAACAUAUGAGGGGACAAGACACUAUUUAUCUGAAUAUGUAGGAAUAAAAGAAAACGGCAUUCGGUCUUUUGUAGGUAAGCAAUAUUAUGAAAGUAAUCAUUCUUUUUCUGGGGAAGGGGAUGGUUGGGGGGGGGGGGUCUAAAGUAAUAAUAAUAAUAAAGUUCAUUUAAAAAAACAUGGUUCAUCCCUAAUUAAGGCUCGAAGUGCAAUACAAUACAAAACACAACAAUACAAAAUCAAAAUACAAGCUAACAUACAUCGAGGAAUAUGAGCAAGUAAAUUAAAAAGUAUUUAUUUCUGACCUUCUGUUAGCUACUAAUAGACAAUUCUUUGAGAAAAUUUAAGAAGAAGAGUUUGCCUAUGUGCUCUUAACCAAGCUGUUCGACCAUUUGUUAAUAAAUACCCAGUAUAAAAGGAAAAGUUUGUCUUUGUUCUACAAGAAACACCAAUGCAUGUGUUGUUUUUUUUGUUGUUUGCUUUAUUGGAGGGGAACCUUCCGUCUCAAGUUAGUAUUCAAUAUUUUGUUACAACUCAUUUUCUUUUUCUUUUUUUUUCCAUUGUUGUUUAUUUAAGAUUUAACUGCAGAGCAUGUUAUAAAAGAAAAAAGUCAGUACCGGUAGUACAAAGUUAAUAAUUUUUUCCCCACAGGAGGUGGCCUGGCUUCCUUGACCGGUCAAACGUUGGCAGUACCAAUAGACAUCAUAACACAACAUCUCAUGCUCAUGGGAAAGAGAGAGAAAUCAAAAAGUAUGUUAUCGUAAAAUUGUUUUAAAAUGCUAAAAGAUAAUUUUAACUUUCAAUGAAAGGGUGCUGUCACUUUACAAUGAAGAUAUCAUGAGUCCUCAUUCUCUAUAAAUAAUCUCUGAAAUAAGUAGCAUAAUUAUGGUUAACCAAUUUAAAGAAAAAAUCAAGGCUACAUUUCGUAAACGGGUUUUAAAAAUGAAUAGUUUUUAAGACAUGUUCAUUACUUGGUUAGCAGCAUCACUAAUAGAAGGAUGUCACGUGCCUUAUAGGAAAAUGGUUUUAUACUAACUUAAAUAACUCUAAUAAUUAUAGAUGAUUUUAAUUUUGCACAAACAUUUCUGUACUUGUCACAAAUCCAAGUCUUCAUUAUAAUUACUGUUUCUUUAAAAAUAUAAUAACACAGGUUUUAUUAUGGUUUGAAUGCUGGAUACCAGCUACAUUAUUCUCAUAUGAAGGCUUAGUACCACCUGUAAAUAAUAAAAGGUAGAAUUAAUAAUAAACAAAAAAUACUUUAUAUUAACGGUAUUCUAAAGUUUAAAAAAAAAUUAUUAUUAUUAUUUGAUGUUGAUAUUUAAUGUUACAGACCCUGAUCCUCUAUCAACUGAGAAACGCGCCCAGAUAAAACUAUCAACACUUCAACACAUUCAGAUAUCAGAGUCGGCAUCAAAGUCCAGAUUUGGUGCUGUCCAAGCUAUUGUCCAUGCUGUCUACAAGAGAGAUGGACUUUUAGGUUUCUACAAGGGCUACUUUGUCUCUCUGGCUUGUUUUGCACCAAACAGUGCACUUUGGUGGUUUUUCUAUGAUUCAUACUCAGGUAGAUAAUUGUUUUAAUUGUGUUCUAUAUUUUAUGUUCUAUUAUGUAGAUAAUUGUUUAAAUAGUUUUCUAUAUUUUAUUUUAUGUUCUUUUUCUCGUUCUGAACCUUCUCAACUGGUAAGAUUCCUCCAUUUUCUGAAUUGACAUGCUUUGUGCAAAUAUGGCUCAGUACUUCAAAUGUCAACUUUGGUCAACUUUAAGGCUGUCUAUUUGACUGGUUGGGGGGUGGGGGGGUGGGGGGGGUGGACGGACGACGACCCUUGACAAAUGCAAAACUGCUAGCUACGUUCUUUUCAUAGAGAUUUACUCUGGAAUGCAUUUAAUUCUAAAACGUGGGCUUUGAUGCUUAUGUUGACCAGUGCCUUAGUUUCACUUAUCAUAAUUUUGUUUUGUUGCGUUUUUUCAAACAUUUUGUUAUUAUUAUUAAAGUGGUCUUAUAUAGCCUAGGGCUGGGCUCACUGGGCUUCACAUAAAAUUGGCAAAAGGAAAAAUGUAGAAAAUUAACAUGACAUUAAAAUACAGUUGCGCAAAAUUAUUCCCAAUAUAGAAAUAAUGAGACGACAAUCAGUCAAACACAUAUAAAGUUGCAUUUAAUCAGGAGCUUGAGCCUAUACGUGCCUGCAAGGCGUAGCCUCGAUCUCUAGAUAGAUCUUAGCCUCCCCAAUUGAUUUUAUAUAAUUAUAACAAUAUUUAUUCAACACUUUCCUAUUUUUUAGCGAUUAGUGAGUCAGACAUCUUUUUGCUAACCGGAAGAAUAUUACCCAACACACUAUAACUACUUGCUAAACGUCUGCAAAAAUCAAGUACUUAAUAAAUAUUGCUGUUACCCACUGCCUCCUAUGGGGAGAAAUUAAUCUCUUAUUUUAAGUCUAUGGCUCGUUUUAAACAGUGCAUAACAAAGGACGAUACCAUAUGAGGAAUACAAUAGCAAAAUUACAACACUCAAAACAGUUGCUAAUUACAAUUAAUAAGAUUUAUUUAAGUAUAAAUAUAAUUACAAAAUAAAAGAAACAUAAUUAAAAAUUCAUCAACUUACAGAGUAUGGGAAGUCUUGUACCGGUACACAGUUAAUACAAUGUGCCUAAAAUAAAGUACAAUGAUGAAAUACGAAUUAACACAUAUAUAAGUAAAUAAUAAUAAAAAUAAUAAAGUUCAUUUCAAAAACACGCUUCAUCCCCAAAGGCUCGAAGCGCGGUACAAAGUCAACAAAAUACAAAUCUAUAAUUUACCACAUUUAAAACAAACGCAACACUACAAAAACUAAUUACUAGCAUAAAAUACAAAUAGGGAACAACUCACGCUUGUCUCGUGAAGUCAAAAUAUUAUCUCCUGAAUCUCUGUCCCUUAAGGUUCUCUGAACCCCUUAUAUAUGCAGUGUAAGACGCAUUCCAGAAAUGCCUUACACAUAGCUUACCUUUCUAGUCCACUCCCGAACUUUCCACAAAAUGUUUUGAGAACAGAUUAAUUAUGUUUAAUUGGUAGCUGUAGUAAACACGCCAAAUUGAAACGGAAUAGACCACGCCCAAUACGAACGCAGCCUAAUUUUGUGGUCAAACAGAGUUCACCGCACGGGGACAGUGAUGUAAAUACGUCUUCUACAUAACAGUUGUAAUCAAAUUAUUAUUAUCAUGUUUUAUUAUAUUAGAUUAUUGUACAGGUCCCUUCUUACUUUGUUAUUAAAUUUUAAUUCCUUUAUGGCAAAACCAACCGUACACCUGUCAACAUUUAAUUUUAUUAGAAGUCUGCACAACAUACGGCCCACCAGCAUCCACUUUGCGGCCCCCGAAGUAACAACAUAUUCUUUUUUAUUAUUAUUUUCUUAAUAGCUUUCCCCUUGUCGUAUUUUCUUUCGUCCUGUACAAGUUUUUCAUAAAGUUUUAGUCUACGGCUCGCCUUACAUUUUGAGUUGUGCAGGCCUGAUUUAUUAUAUACUUUUUAAAGUUGAUGUUGCAUUGCAUCAAUAUCCUUGAUGAGAUUAUCAUUACCAGUCAGUCUAUCAGACUAAAACAUUUUUUAUUUUAACUGUGACCUCCAUCUUCCCUAUUAGAGCCUUUGCGGACCUUGUCAAGCUUUGGUUGCCCUCCCACAUUGCUUAGAACGCGCACAAAUAAAAUUCUCUGAGCGCAACACCACGAGUUUGCUAGCACAACCAGGCUGGCAUUUGCUUUAGAAGGACUGCUAGUUUUAUGAGUUCCAGUUUGCUCAUUAUCUUUCAUUUUGUAUUGUUUAGUUUGUUUAUGAAGGUUUUCAGUCUAAACAUUCUUUGUCCUGUAUUUUCUAAUUCUUCUUCUAUAUAUUUUGGGCCCUGGAUCAUUCUGGCUCCUAUUGAGACUUUCACAUUUGUAUUCUUUAUAUUAUCUGUCAUCAAACUAAAAUUUGUUCUAAGUGUUUGUUUUCUAUAGUAUAAAUUUAUAAGAUAUAAUUUUUUUUCUCCCCAGUUUUAUUUGCUAGCCUGACUCCCGUCUACAUUCCCCGUUUGGCCAUACAAGUUGUCGCGGCACCACUCAGUGGAAUAUCUGCAGCAUUAAUAACUAAUCCACUUGACGUUAUACGUGCCAGAAUUCAGGUAAAAGGGAUAUUUUUUAUACUUUUAAAUCUUAAUUUGAAUUUAAAGUUUGGAAUUUUCACUAUUGUACUCUUUCAUAUAAAAAUUGCUAUUUUAAUGAAGAAUAAGUCUCAAAACUAUCAGGUGACUUAAAAAUUAAUUUUUAAAGAUCAAAUCUUAUAUUAAUUUUAGAAAAAAAAUCUCUGGAUCUUAUUAAUUAAAAAAAUUCUUAUUUAAUGUUUCUAAUGUUGAUUGAUUUAAAACUGGAAGAGUAUGUUACUUUUAUUGCACUAUACCAUUCGCAAGUUAAAUUGAUUCAAUUUUUGAAAAAAAAAUUUUUUUAGCCCUUGACAAAUUAUCAUCAUCACAUCUUUUAGUUUCUCAAUUUAAAUUUCUGUUUGUCAUUGGCAUAACUGUAUAAUUUUUUUUUCCUAGGUUGAAGGAACCAAAUUUAAUGAAACUGUGAAUUUACUCUGGAAGGAAGAAGGAGUUUGGCUUGUCACCAAGGGGCUGUCUGCACGUCUAGUCCAAUCUGUGACAUUCUCUUUUUUCAUCAUCUUAGGCUAUGAAACAAUAAAAAGGUGGAGUGUUUUAGAGGAAUAUAAAGAAAAAAUAAGGUGGUAAAUCAACAAAUGUUCUAGACAAAUAAAAAAUAAAAAAUUCAUAUCACAAGUGCUUCUGAAUUUGUUAUUGAAUCACAAUAGUACUACAAAUAUUUUAUC